AUGAGAUAUUGGAAUCUUCUGAAAACCGGAGAGGAAAAUGUCAAGCCUACACUCCUAACGAAAGCGUACGAUGCCGUUGAAGAUGGAAGCAUGACUACUAGUCAACUGGAACGCGAGGCUAUAGUGUAUCUUGUAGCCGGCACAGAUACCACCGCACUUUCGGCCCUCUACACAGUGUGGAAUUUAGCUUGCCAUCCAGAGAUCGAAGCAGCUGUGAUUCAAGAAGUCUGUUACAAGCAACAAAAGGAACUCCACCCUUGA